AUAUUGUGAUCUAAGGCAGAGGUCUUUAACAUGGGGUUUGCAGCCUCUAGGCCAGGGUGCCAAAACCAUUUUGGCUUGGGAGCAACUAUUCAAAUGACCAGGCUAAAGUGAUCUACCUACAUUGAAAUAUUAAAUACAUUUUAUUCAUACAAACUAGACAUACUUUCAUCUUAUAUGUUGGGUCACUGAUUAAUUCAUGUAGCUUUACGGCACAAUAUGAUUUCAUUCUUACAGCAGUGGUCCCCAAUCUCCGGCUUCGGACCGGUCCGUGGGUCACUUGGUACCGGGUCGCACAGAAAGAACGCAUAACUUAUAUUAUUUCCGUUUUAUUUAUUAUCUGAUGCUGAAGGAUGUUUUAUUUUGAAAAAUUACCGGAUUCUCUCCGCCGCAUCUGCCCACGACUCACACUUGAUGCAUGUCAGCGUGCGUCACAAAAACAAACGUCUUUGGAAAGUUCGUUUGCGCAGAGUAAAAGAGUCAGUGAGGAGACAAGAAGAAGAGCCUACGUCUUCAAAGAAGAAGAAAGCCUGACAUCUGACAGAACAUUCCCGGAGUCCUACUUAAAAUAUGGAUUUGCAAUGAAGCCUUCAAAACUGCUUCGCCACUUGGAGACCAAACGUUCUACAUUAAUGUUGGGGACCGCUGUCUUAACAGUAUAUGGUCACUAAUACUCACUUAUUUGAAUUGCUAACGAUCUACCAGCACUCACUUUGGAAACUAUUGGUUGAUCCUGAUCUACUUCUUGGGCAGCCCUGGUCUAGGGUGUAUGUGAAGUAUGAAUUCAACCUGGAGAAAUGGAUUUUAAGCAGCAGACAGCAGUCUGUUUGUCAGACACCAUCUUGCCCCCCCUAUUGGAUGAUGUUCAGCAGCUGUCAGCAGAGUGACAGGAGCAGUAGCAGAUGUGGUGACCACUGUUCAUCGAGCUUUAGGGUCCGCAGUCACAGCCUGAGCUCUGCAGACACUUGUCGGCUGCACCGUCGCACUGUAAAGUUCCUGAUCCCUGACUCAGAGGAUGAAGAUGGUGACUAUGGAGAUAAUGAGUACUCAUCUGCUGAAGACCCACCACAUCGUACCAGGGGCAGGGAGCACCCAAGGAGUGCUAGGCCCAAAGACCCAGUCUCCAGAGGUAAAGACAUGCAUGUGAAUUCUUCUACAGGCUGCUGUAAAUCUACUUCACCCCAAACAACUCAAGUACAUAGAGUCACUUUGGCAUCCGUACACGAAGACAAACUGUCCACGCGAGUACUAGAGAAACAAAGGUCUCAACAAAAGAGCCCCUUACCCCAGGGCCAAAAGAACAGAAAGAAGAGGCCAAGUUCUGUGGUCAGUGUGGGGAAAAGGUUCUUCCCAAACACCAUUGCUGCAGCAUCUCCCCCUAGACCGCAGCGGCAACGACCCUCCUCUGCUGGACCCAUGACAAGGACGCACAGACAGGUUCUGAGGACCAGUGGCUCCAAGGGUGUUUAUUUUGACUCCACAGCAGAGUUGCUGUCAGCUCUGAGCCAGGAGGAGAGGGAGCUCCUUGAAACCAUCACAGAAAAUGGAUACCCUUUACGCACAGCGAUUCUGGCUCUUCAGAAAACAGGAUAUCAUAGCCCUGACAAGGUAGGAAUGGCUGAGGCCUCAGUCAAUUUAUGGGAUUAUUAUAAAUCCAGAUUAUCAAUAAUUAUCUGUUUACAUGAUGCACAAUAACCCACUGAAAAAUAUUGAACCAUCUGAUUCAAUUUUGAAAUAUAUUUUAAUAUAUUUGCAUAUUCUUCUGAUUUAUAUUAAACACAAAUCACCUGCUUUGUUUAAUCCACCACAGCUUUUAUAUAAAAAUUAAUAAACAUGCAGAGAUAUAGUAUGUCCGUUUUAUGGUUAAGAUUAGGGAGAAAUAUAAUGGAAUUUAAAGAAAAAACAUUUUUAUCUUUUCUGCAUGUUUCUCAUCAAUUAUUGAGCACAUUGAGACUUUGUUUUAAAUUUGUUUAGAGAAAAAAAACCUUAAUUUUGCAUGUGAAAAAAUAUGAUGAACUUUUUUUUGAAAAUAUAUUUUUUUAAAUAUUUGUUAUAAUCUUUAUUUUGGGUGCGAUGUAAUCAGGUGGUGAAAUUUUUUUUAACUUUUACUUUUCUGUGUAUCUCAUCAAAUUACAGCUUUUUAGAAAUCUUUUAGAAAAAAACCUUGAAAUUAUUUAUUAAAAUCUUAGUUUUGCGCGUCAUGCGGUCACAUAGUAAAAAAUUGUUUUUCUGUUAUGUAUGUUUAGAGCAUUUAGGAGUGCACAUUAUUCACUUGGCAGCAUGUUGUGGGACAUAAACUUGCAUUUCAAGGCAUUUCUGGACUGUUUGCAUUUUUUCGAGAAGGUAAGGCAUGUUUUUGGGUG